CCUAGAGUUUCCGCGAGGGUGGACCACAUCAAAGCGCAACAUGACGAGCCAACGGUGUCUCAUCGUCGCUCCGAUUGCCCUUCUAGUAUUUGGCAUCGUUGGUAUUCUUCUACUUGCCCUCUCCACGGACGAUGUUCAGGAACCGGCGCAAAACAUGUACGGCGUGGUGCUGGAUGCCGGCUCCUCCCAUACCACCAUGUACGUCUACAAGUGGCCUGCGGACAAGCAGAAAGGCACUGGCAUCGUAACACAGCACGCUGAAUGCCAUGUCAACGGCAGUGGAAUAUCUGGCUACGCUGGGAAACGAGGCGAGGCGGGGCGAAGUCUCGAGCAGUGCCUGAACGAGGCCAAGAAGCUCAUCCCAAAAUCCAGACACCACCUGAGCCCUCUGUACCUCGGGGCAACGGCAGGCAUGAGACUCCUAGACAUGUCCGACAGAAAGGAGUCCGAUGAGAUCCUGAAGGAAGUCAGUGCCAAAAUGAAGUCGUAUCCGUUCAACUACCGCGGGGCCACCAUUUUGAGCGGACAGGAAGAGGGAGCCUAUGGCUGGGUCACCGUCAAUUACCUGUUUGAGAAUUUCAUCAAGUAUGGCUUUGUUGGCGAAUGGAUAACUCCAAAAAGGGACACGGUGGGCGCCCUGGACUUCGGAGGAGCCUCGACGCAGAUAACGUUUCAGACCCAGGACACUGUGGAGGACAAAGGGAACGCCAUGACGUUGACACUGUAUGGACGGACCUAUAGCCUCUACACACAGAGCUUCCUGUGUUACGGCAGGGACCAGGUCCUCAAGCAGCUGCUGGCCCAUCUCCACAAGACACAAGGAGCGUCUGGCGCCAUAACUCACCCUUGCUACCCAUUAGGGUACAGCGUCUCCAUCAGCCUGGACAAGAUCUUUGAAUCUCCGUGCACGAAGGAUAAGAGACCCUCGCCGUACAAUAGUAAAGACAUGCUGGAAGUGGUGGGAUCGGGGAAUUACCAACACUGUCUGGGGAACAUGUCUGGAAUAUUCUCUUUUGACAAAUGUUCUUACUCCAAGUGCUCCUUCAACAGUGUUUUCCAGCCCAAUGUCACUGGAAAGUUUAUGGCCUUUUCUGCUUUUUUCUAUGUGCACUCUUUCCUGGAACGGGUCACUGGCAACACGGUGACUUCCCCUAGCCGUCUGAAAGACUCUGCCCAAGCUGUUUGCCAGAUGAGUAUGGAUGAGAUGCUGGUAAAAGCCCCUGACCAGAAAGGCCGUCUGCAGGAUUACUGUGCUGCUUCCGUGUUUCUAGAAGUACUCAUGGUCAAUGCUUAUGGCUUUGAUGAUCGCUCCUUCUCACAAAUCUCAUUUCAGAGAAAGGUAGAGGACACCUCUGUGGGUUGGGCCCUGGGUUACAUGCUGAGCCUCAGUAACUUAAUACCUGGCGAGAGUGUGGCACUGGUGAAGGCCGUCAACCCCAAGGCCUGGACCGCACUGCUGGUGCUCUUUGUCCUCCUCCUUGUGGUUGUGCUGGGAUUCCUGUUCCUGGGAGCGUUCAAGAAGAAGAAAGGCAGCGGUAGUGCCCAAGUCAUCUGAAGGAAAAAGAGAAAAAAAAAAUCAACCCAGGUUUCAACUUCUUACCUCCCGCAAAGCUUGAAGGACCACCUUAUACUGCUCUUGGUAAACAGACAUGAUUUGACCUCCCAUGCUCUUGGUAAACAUACCUGAUAUGACCUGCCAGGCCACCCAUCCCCCCAUGGUCGUUUCAGCUGUGCCAAAUAGUACAGAAAAUAGCUUGAAAUGUGUCAACACUGCCUUUAGGAGAGACUGGAGUUGUGUUUUACUUGUAACAAAAGCUGCCAUUCACCGUUACAAUUCCUUUUGUCCGGUAAAGCAAAAUGCUUCAACAUGUUUGACUUCGCCUUACUGUCUCGUAGUGUGUGUUCUGCUUUUGAAUGCCUCCAGGGUGAGUAGUAGUAGCUUCAGACUAUCUCAACUAUUAACUCGUUGCAGUAGCUGCUUUGAACACAGGCCUGACGGGUGGUGCAUUUUGGCUGGUGGUUGAAAUCAAAAAGCCCGUCGUCACCAGAUUUGUGAACUGAACCUUUUGUUCUGUUGUUGUAGCUGUUUUGCAUAUUGUGUUGCACUGUGGGAAAAUGAUGUAAAGGGUUUCACAUCACUGACCAUUUUUAAAAGGUGCACUGUGUAAGAUUGUGGCCAAAAUAGGUAUUGCAACUAUGCUUCUCGUUGAAAGUGUGCUGCCUAUUGCCAAAUUUGAUCUUUUCAUGAACAUUUACUAAGUAAUAAACUAGAAUUUACUAGUAUGACCAAAGUACAGUAAGUUUUGCAACUAAAAAUGUAUAUUUCUGAACAUUCUAAAUGGAGAAGAUCCCCCUUUUCAUGUAUGAAAAGUGCAAAUUUCCCAGUCAUAUUGAGUAGAAUUUGAUGGUGGUGAUAAGUAUUUGUUUAAAAGCAUGGAUUCUGGAAAUGAACAACGGAAAAUAUUACACGUUGCACCUUUAAAGUUUGUCUCAGGGUUGGGCAUUUGUUUACAAGCUAGACAAGCUAGAUUAUACAGUACGUGGUAUGUGAAACUUUUUUGAUGCAUUUUCCCUGUUUAACCGAAAAAAAUGCACUGAAUAUUCAACUGUAAAUAUCUAAGGCUUAUUUGUUUUUGUAUUUUGAAUAAAAGGAAAAAUGGUGACAAUUGCUUGCACUUUAAAUAUAUAUCACAACUCUAUGUUUAAUCAAAAGUGAAAUUGAAUACACCUGGACGAUGUA